AUUUAAAAUUUUCUAUUCUUAAUCCUAAAGUGAGUUUUUGAAUUAAUUAGCCAAAUUAUCAUUUAUAGCUUUCCCUGUUAGAAGAAUCGGUCCUCCGUUUUUGAAUAUUUCAAGCUAUUACAAAAUAAUGCAACAAGCAUCAAUUUUACUAUUAAUAUUUCCUGAAAUACUAAUAGGGCAUUCUUUUUAAUCUCCAAAGUCUUUUUCUUUAUUACUCAUGAUUUUAAUCUAUGCUCCUUUACUUUUUUACGAAAUUUCUUUAAUCAUACACCCCUAAGCUCCAAUAAGUUUUGUCACAUACUUAUUUGGUAUCAUAAACUUAAUAAAUAAUUCAUUAUUUUCAUGUUCCUGUUCAUAGUAUUUAUCGAUUUUCUAAUAAAGUUUAAUAGUCGAAUUUUAAAUACUUUACAAUUUUCCUUUAAGUAAACAAACCACUUCAUUUUAUUUGAGUUAUCUUAGUUUUCUAUCAUCAUAAAAUCUCAAAUUUAUAUCAAAGUCUUUCUCCAAAUUUCUCAAAAAGUCCCUUUUAUUUUCCAAAUAUCUUUAAACUCUAUUAUGUAAAAUAAACCUCACUUAAGUCUCUUAUUCUGUAUAAUUUACAGGAUUAUUAGAAUUUUCGUUUUCGGUCAUUUUAGAAGCCCUCUCUUCUAUUAUUUAAUAAAUCAUUUUUAUUGCACUUCCGACAUUUCUAUAUUCGCCCUCGACACUUAUAGUUCUUUAAACCAUUUUAUUUAUUGGUUAAUUUGCAACUACCUUAGUCUUUGACUCCUCCAUUAUUUAGUUUAUUUAUUUACCUUUUAUUCCAAUCACUAAGCUAACCAUAUUAUUUGGAACUAAACACAAAACGUUAUAUUGUCUAUCUUUUUAGUAUUUUUAGUUUAUUUCUUAGAGUUUUUCAUGGACUAAUUUUAAUAAUUUCUAUAGCUCUUCAUACUUUUUGCUUUGAUUUUUAUCAGCUAUUCUUACAAGGAUCCCAUUUAAAUCUGCAAUUGUAAAAUUUUUAUCUAAUUAUAAUGCUUCAGAUACUAUUUAAGAUUCAUAUUUUAAUACUAUUUCUCGCUAAUCGUUUUCAAAAAAUAACUCGUAAUCGAAUAUUCUGUUUUCUUUAUUUUAGUUUUCUUUAUUUUGGUUUUUUUUUGGAGAACUACUUC